GGAUUUGUGGCCCAUACCCCUGAGACCCGACUGCUCAUGCCGCUGCGCCUAGACAUCAGAAAAAGCUCACGAGCCGGUCGGAGCGCGUCAAGAGCGUGGACCUGCACCCGACCGAGCCAUGGGUGCUGACCGGCCUGUACAACGGCAGCGUCAUGCUCUGGGACUACGACAAGCAACAGCUCGUCAAGUCGUUUGAAGUGAGCUCGCUGCCCGUGCGCAACGCGCGCUUCAUUGCGCGCAAGCAGUGGAUCGUGGCUUCGAGCGACGACCUCCAGAUCCGCGUCUUCAACUACAACACGAUGGACAAGGUCGCCGCCUUUGACGCGCACACGGACUACAUCCGGUACCUUGAGGUGCACCCGGUCUUGCCCAUUAUCCUCUCGUGCGCCGACGACAUGACGGUCAAGAUGUGGGACUGGGACAAGAACUGGCUGUGCACGCAGGUGUUUGAGGGCCAUGGCCACUACGUCAUGAUGGCCAAGUUCAACCCGAAGGAUACCAACACGUUUGCGACCGCGGGCUUUGAUGGCACGGUCCGCGUCUGGGGCCUCGUCCCACCCCCACUUUACGCUCGAAGGUCAUGAGCGUGGCGUCAACUGCGUCGACUACUACCCGGGUGGCGACAAGCCGUAUCUCAUUUCUGGCUCGGACGACAAGACGGUCAAGGUGUGGGACUACCAGACCAAGACGAUCGUGCACACGCUUGACGGCCACACGCACAACCUCUCGGACGUGCUCUACCACCCGCGCCUCCCGCUCAUCAUCUCGGCCUGCGAAGACGGCGCCGUGCGCAUGUGGCACAGCACGACGUAUCGCGCUGAGACGACGCUCAACUACGGCAUGGAGCGAGCGUGGAACCUCAGUGCUCUGGACAACUCGAACCGCCUCGCGAUCGGCUACGACGAAGGCAGCGUCGUUCUGCGCUUGGGCCACGACACGCCGAUCGCGAGCAUGGACGCGACCGGCAAGGUCAUUUGGGCCACCAACAAUGAGAUUCAGACUGCGAGUCUCAAGGGUGUCGUGGCCGAGCUGGGGCUGAAAGACGGCGAGCGCGUGCCGCUGCCCGGCCGCGACCUCGGGUCCUGCGACGUCUUUCCGCAAAAGCUCAAGCACAACGCCAACGGCCGGUUUGUGGUCAUUUGCGGCGACGGCGAGUACAUCAUCUACACGUCGCAGCAGCUGCGCAACAAGAGCUUUGGGUCGGCGCUCGACUUUGCGUGGUCGCCGACCGGCACGGGCGACUACGUCACGCGCGAGUCGUCUUCCAAGCUCACGCUCUUCAAGAACUUUGCGGAGGCCAAGACGCUCAAGCCGGCGCAGUGCUCGGCCGAAGGGCUCUUUGGCGGCGCGCUCGUCGGUGUCCGUGGGCCUGACUGCAUUGCGUUCUACGACUGGGACGACCUCCGCUUCGUGCGCAAGAUUGACGCGUCGGUCAAGAACGUCUACUGGUCGGACGCUGGCGACCUCGUCGUGCUCGCAAGCGACGCCAGCUUUUACGUGCUGCGCUACCACCGGGAAGCCGUGACGGCGAAUCUGCAUGCGGCCGGUCCGGACGGCGUCGAGGGCGCGUUCGAACUGCUGCACGAGAUGAGCGAGAAAGUCGGGUCGGGCGCGUGGGUCGGCGACUGCUUUCUGUACGUGAACGCGACCGGCCGCCUCAACUACUAUGUCGGCGGCGAGAUCAUGACGGUGUCGCACCUCCCGAGCAAGAUGUACCUCCUCGGGUACCUCCCGCGCGAGAACGUCGUCUUUCUCAUGGACAAGGCCAAGCACGUGACGAGCUUUACGCUCAACGUCGUGCUGCUCGAGUACCAGACCGCGGUGGUCCGGCGCGACUUUGACGCGGCCAACGCGAUUCUGCCGCGCCUUCCGUCCGACCAGAUGGACGCGGUCGCGCGCUUCCUCGAGUCGCAGGGCUUCAAGGAAGAGGCGCUGCAGCUGAGCACGGACCCGGACCAGCGGUUUGACCUGGCCGUGCAGCUCGCCAAGCUCGACGUGGCCAAGGCCAUCAUGAUGGAGCGCGCGGCCAACGACGUGCACGUGUCGGCCACCGACAUGCAGCACAAGUGGAAGCAGCUCGGCGACCUCGCGCUCAACGACGCCAAGUACGAUCUUGCGGAAGAGUGCGCGGUCAAGGCCGACGACCUCAGUCUGCUGCUCUUGCUGUACACGUCCAAGGGCGACUUGCGUGGGCUCACGCGGCUCGCGGCGCUCGCGACCGAGAAGCACCGGCACAACGUGGCGUUCAUUGCACUGCUCUUGCUUGGCCGGCUCCGCGAGUGCACGGCGCUGCUGGUCGAGACAAAGCGGCUGCCGGAAGCCGCCUUCUUUGCGCGGUCGUACCAACCCGACCAGAUUGGCGACGUGCUCGGUGCGUGGCGCGACGACCUAUCGCUCGUGAGCACGCGCGCGGCUAAGGCGCUGGCCGACCCAGCCAAGCACGAAGAGUUGUUUGAGAACUGGGCGGCGUCGCUGAACGCGGCGCAUUUGCUCGAGAAGGAGCGUGAGGUGCACGCUGCCGCCGCCGAGUACCCAACGCGGUCGCCGCUUCUGGACAUGAACGUCUUGGAAGCCAUGGGCGCGCCGGCCGAAGGUAUGUAG